UGUUUUGCUCUUUGAGGAGCGCUUUCUCGUCGAGGACGCUUUUUGAUCUCUUGGAAAACAGUUUCAGUUCAGUUCCAAUUGGGCACCGUCAAUACAAGAACAAUGAGCCAGAAUAACACGAAUUGGGAAUUACUAGAUGCCCUCAACAAGUGCAAUUGUGGAUUCAUUUCUCUGACUUGGUUCGUUGUGAUUCAAGUGUGUGGCAACAUUUUACUUUUAAGCAUCAUUUGGUGCCAGCAAUUUGGGCGUUCUAAUAACCGAACAUUGUUGAACCAUUUGGUGUCACAUUAUGCUGGAUAUGUCAUCGUGUCCAACCUCGUGUCUUGCUCGUCGAAUAUGGCCCUGUUUUGGUUCGAAUUUCCGUAUCCUCAUUUGUGGUGCUUAAUGCAAGAGCUCGUGGCGAACCAUUUACUAAUGGUGGGCGUUCUGACCUCGCUCGAGGGCCUCCUUCUCAGAUGUUUGUACUUGUUCUAUUGGAAGAAUGUUGGAAAACUGAACGACGAUUUCUUUUCGGCAUAUCUUUUCGUUGUUAAUAAUGUGGUCGCGUUAUAUUUUUCGCUCAUUUUCGCCGUUGGAUCCGAUUUGUAUCAAGCAUACUAUUACAUAUGCACUGCCACACAUUUGCAACACGGACAAUCUGCAAUUCCAUAUCUUCGGGUCAACUUUUUCUUGGUCACGCUCACAUUUCACAUUUGCUGUUUCAUUUGGUCAUUCAUUCGAAAACGAAAAUUGGAUAGACAUGAAGGGAAUGACCGAUUCACCACAGGACGCUCAAGUAGCAGUUUGAUGAGUUUUGGAACUGCUAUGCUGAUCUUUUUUAUUUUUGCCUCAUCGACUUUGCCCUACGUCUAUUUGAGUCAAAGCCAAUCCAGGAUUGUGGAAUCUCCAAAAACUCUCAUCUUUAGCUUGGCCUUGCCCCAAUUUACUGUCUCUGUGAUUAUUCCGGUUUUGACUUAUAUUCGAAAUCCGUCAAUGGCUGUAAUUGUAUGGAGACACUUUAAAGAUCAGGCGCCACUUCUUCAGUUCAGAACAAUGAUAUUGUCUAGAGAAUCACUGCAAUAAAUAUUUAAGCUGA